AUGAAGGAAACAGAAGAGCAGCUGCUGCUGGUGAGCAGGGAGAACCAAAUGCUGAAGAUCAAGCUGGAAGCCACGAGAGAAGCAGGUGUACAGGCUCUCAGAUCUGCCUCCCAGAAACUGUACAAGAAUUACCAGACUCAGUCAGAAGAACUGAAAAAAAGCCACGAGAACGAGAAACAGCAAAUACAGGCCUACAAUCUCCAACAAGAAGAAAAGCUCCAGCAAAGCUCAGAAAACGCCAGCCGACUUGCUGAGGGCAUCAGGGAAAAACGUUCCCGCAUCGCAGAGAUGGAGAAGCGCGUGCAGAGGAUGGAGGAGGAAAAGAAAACUCUGUUAGAGAAGAAAAUGAUGCUUGAAAAGAUGCUUCAACAGAUGAUGUCAAGGAAUGAAGACAGCAAACGGUGCCUGGAUCUCCAGAGGCAGAUUUCCACCCUGCAGGAGCAGAUCUGCCACCUGCAGCACGUGAUCCGGGUGCAGCACCACGGCCUGCGUGGCGUGAUAAAGGAGGCAGAGGAACUGAACAAUGAACUCAGAAGGCAAGAUAAAAAAAUAGAAAACCUGACAGAGAAGCUGACUGCACUGGAAGCACAGAACAAAGAACUGAAAGACAGAGUGGAGUUCUGGUCUGGCCAGUCCAAGGCUAAAGUUUCAAAAGCUGUCUGGACAGAUCCCCCGCGAUAUUUUGGAGCAUCCCCUUACCUGAUGCUCACCAGGCUAAGGAAGCAAGAGAGCUAA